AUGGCUGUAAACUCUACUGAUGCUCCGACAGGAGAGUAUGUUCGAUUGGGAAACACCGGUAUGCUCGUCUCGCGUAUCUGUCUGGGGUGCAUGUCAUAUGGAAGCUCGAAAUGGAGUCCAUGGGUACUAGACGAGGAUGAAUCUCUUCCAUUGCUUGAACUGGCUUGGAAGAAAGGAAUCAACUUUUGGGAUACUGCGGACGUAUACAGUAACGGCGAGAGUGAAAUCUUGGUUGGAAAGGCCAUCAAGAAGUUUAACAUUCCUAGGGAUCAACUUGUGCUGGCUACCAAAUGUUACUCCCCGACUUUGGAAGGUCAACCAGGGGUUUACAGUAUCGGAAAACCCUUUGAUCAACCUCCUUAUGUCAACAAGGCUGGAUUGUCUCGCAAACAUAUCUUUGAUGCUUGCAAUGAUUCCCUUCGAAGAUUGGGAGUAGAUUACAUUGAUCUAUACCAAAUCCACAGAUUUGAUUAUGCAACUCCGGUUGAAGAAACUAUGGAGGCAUUAAACGAUCUCGUAAGGAUGGGUAAAGUCCGUUACAUUGGAGCUAGUUCAAUGUAUGCUUGGCAGUUCGCCAAGUGCCAAAGCAUCGCUAAAUCUCGAGGUUGGGCACAGUUUGUUACCAUGCAGAACUUUUACAAUUUACUAUACCGUGAAGAGGAACGAGAAAUGAUACCUACUUGUAUUGACCAAUCUGUCGGACUCAUUCCAUGGUCUCCUUUGGCACGCGGGUUGCUCACUGGUAAAGGCAAAACAGUUCGCUCAGAUACGGAUGUGGCUUUCAAGAGAUGGUUUGGCAAAAUGGACGCUGGAGAUACCGAGAUCAUCAACCGUGUCAAGGAGGUUGCCGAAAAAAAGGGGGUCACGUCCUCUCAAGUUGCCUUGGCCUGGCUAUACACGAAAAAUGGCGUUUGUAGUCCUAUUGUUGGUAUAAACAAACCACAAUACUUUGAUGAUUUGCUCGCCGCUCAAAAGUUGAAAUUGACGUCCGAAGAGGUCAAGUACUUGGAAGAACCAUAUGUCCCCCACCCAAUCACUGGCCAUUUGUGA